AUGGACGACCUCGGAGUGAAUUACUUCAUAUCCACUGUCAUCACGCCUCGCGCCAGUGACUCACGAGGAUACUACGACUACGUCCCUGAGAUCUUUCUCAGAGAAGAACAUAACGAAGCCAUGUUGCUAGCAGUUUCCGCCGUAGGACUCGCAGCCAUGAGCAAUAUAAACCAUGUUCCACAGUGGCUUCACCAUUCACAAGCCCAGUACGCCAACGCAGUACGGCUAGUUAACCGCUCUCUCCAAUCACCCACGCAAGUCCGUCGAGACAGCACUCUCGUGACAGUCUCGGUGCUCGGGCUAUAUGACCAGAUCGCCCACAACAGCGACAGCAGACUGGAUACAUGGGCGAACCAUGCACUGGGAGCCGCUAGUAUACUCGCAGUGCGCGGUGCAGACCAAGUCACCACAUCCCUGGGCACUCGGAUAUUUUCGCAGGUAAUGGCUGAUAUGUUGGUCGCGUGUCUCCAUAGACGUCUACCUAUGCCGCCGCACAUGGUGGCCUUGCGAGAGCUGUUGACACCCUCUGUUGAUUCUGAGGAUCUGGCGUGGCAAAUGAGUGGGAUUGAGAUUAGCUUUCUCGAUCUUUUGGUUACCUAUGAAUCGCUCUCAUUGGUUGACCUGAUAGACCGGGCUCUGGUCAUCGAUUGGCAGUUUCAGCAGCUUCUGGAUUCACUGCCUCUGCGGGGUUACUUUAUUACAAUUCGAGACACAUCUGUGGAUCACUCGGAGGUUUAUAAUUGCCGCUUUGACAUCUAUCAUGAGCCUCAGUGCGCUAAGAUUUGGAACGGCGGCCGAAUAUAUCGCAGCUUACUUCAUCAGAUCAUACAAGAAGAGUUGUUGAAGGGAUUUGCUGACAACACAUCAGAAAUGGUUUCGCCUCGCUUCACGCAACAACUACAAUCUUCGCAUGAGGUGAUGUUGCAAAUGCGAGACGACAUUUUGGCUAGCAUGCCUCAAGUGCUGGGUCAAGAAAUUCCAUUGUCGGUGUUGGAGACUGUUCCGUUCUCCGCGGAGAAGAUGGCUAGCCUCGCUAAUAAUAGGGUUCCUGGAGGAGGCCAUUUUGCCGUGUGGUUUUUGUACGUUAUUGCCCAAUUGCCAGUGACCACUAUGUCUGAUCGCAUAUGGAUUGUUAAUCGGAUGGAUGCUAUCUGGAAGGAGAAGGGGAUUUUCAAGGCGCGGGAUCUUGCACGAAGGAUUGAGGAGUUGGGUUCUGGGGCCGCCAAGUUCCUAAAGUAA